AAUUGAAGAGGGCUUUCCAAAAUUAAUCAUUUCUCGAACAACUUUUAAAGCGAUAAUAUAUACAAUGAGUGGUGGCAGACAUUUAGCUAAAGGCUCACCAAAACCCGCAUUACCUGACGAUGGCGUUCUUCGUUUAUUUUCCAUGCGAUUUUGUCCAUACGCUCAUCGGGCUCACUUAGUGCUUAACGCCAAAAACAUACCAUAUCACGCUAUAUUUAUUAAUCUUACCGAGAAACCAGAAUGGCUUACGGAAUUCAGUCCACUGGGUAAAGUACCGGCACUGCAACUACCCAAAGAGGAAGGCAAUCCAGCCUUAAUUGAGUCACUAAUAGUGGCCGAAUAUCUUGAUGAGAAAUAUCCCGAAGUACCACUUUUCCCCAAAGACCCACUAAAGAAAGCACAAGAUAAGAUACUUAUUGAGAGAUUCAGCUCGGUGGUUGGUGGUUUGUACAAAGUGUUUCUAGGUGGUACUGAAGCGGCACCCGAUGCGCUAACAGAGAUCUCUAAAGGUUUAGAUAUUUUCGAGAAAGAGUUGAGCUCACGUGGUACACCUUACUUUGGUGGCGAAAAACCUGGCAUGUUGGACUAUAUGAUUUGGCCAUGGUUCGAGCGUGCGGAAAUGUUGAAAUACUUGCUGCCGGAGAAAUUUGAAUUGGAUAAAGAACGCUUCAGCAAAUUGGUUGCAUGGCGCGAUUUGAUGAUAAACGAUCCAGCAGUGAAAGGUCAUUAUUUGGAUGGCGAAACUCAUGCCAAGUUUAUGAAAGCGCGCCGGACCAAUGUACACGAUUAUGAUAUGCUUGUAAAUUUACAGGGGAAUGAACGAAACACGAUAUAAAAUGGAACAUGAGUUGAAACAAAAUUUAAGUAUUGGCUAAAACUGGGUUAUAUCUGGUAGCAGAACCCUAAAAUGUUAGACUUAUGUAUUUAUAUGUGUGUAAUUUGAAGAAGUGAAUGGUAAUCAAUAAAAUACUCAAUUUAUUUUACAUUUUAGGUGAGGAUAUAUACAUAAAUGUAUUGAAUGUAAAUAAAAAUAAUUAAAAUUGUUAUAACAUAUAAAAGUAUUUAAAAAAGCUCUGAAUAAAACUUCAUGCUUCAAAUA